AUGAUAAUCAAUCCACAUGUCGGGACAAUGCACAUUCCGGAAUUCAACAUUCCACCUAUCGGGACAAAUGGGCGCGACAACAAAGCGGAACUGUUCAGUCUUGGGAUUACAGGAUCUGUUUGCAUGAAGUUUUACUUUUACUUCAAUGGAAAUGAAACUGGACAUUUAAAAAUCUUGGUCAGGAACUAUCGUUCUUAUAAAGAUCGCGUCGUUUUCCAUCGCUAUGGAAAUCAUGGCCAUAAGUGGAAUUUUGCCCAGAUUUAUUUGGAUUCCGUUCCAAAUACCGCUUAUCAGGUAUUGCGCUCAAAACUUGUUGUACCCUAAUUCACCUAAAUAAAUUAUAUCCAUUUUUUAUACUGUAGUUUUGUGGCGUUCACAAUAAUAAUAAUAUAUUUUUUCUUGCCCGGACCAUUAUUUACAAUAAAAAAAUUCUUUUAAACAUGAAAAUAAUUCAAAAUACCAAUAGAAAUAAUUUUACCAGAGCCAACGACGCGGAUCGCCGUUCAGGGCGUAAGACCGGGGCGAGGAUACUAAUCCCCUCGGCUAUUUACUCCCGGGGUAAGGAACGCACUAGCGAAGUUUAAAUUCAUCAAUUAUUGCGGGCGCGGUUCAUGGGUCUAUAGGUGGUCAUCUCACUGAUCUUUGUUCUAAUUGUUAUGCACACAAAAUAAAUUGUAAUUUUUUUUUUUUGGGGGGGGGUCUCUAAAUUAAUUUUAAAACAAAUAAAUAAUCGCAGUUUAAAGUGCUUAUAUCACUUGUGGGACCUUUAGGGAUUCGAAAAGAGCGUAAAAAGUUAGUUAAUAGGUUCAAAAGAUUUUUUUGAUUUAGUGCAAUAAUUUCAAAGAUACAGAGCUCUAAACUACCUACAGUUCCUGAGUCCCAGGCUCCCAUUGACAAUGGACAGUUUCAAAAAAGCCAAAAUUCAAUAGCCGUGAUUGGACCCCAGGAACCUGGGACUCAGGAACUGUACGUAGUUUAGAGGCCUGUAUCUUCGAAAUUAUUGCACUAAAUCAAAAAAAUCUUUUGAACUUAUUAACUAACUUUUUACGCUCUUUUCGAAUCCAUAAAUGUCUCACAAGUGAUAUAGGCGCUUUAAAUCGCCUGAAAUAAUCAGUUGUUUAUUUUCGUAAUCGAAUUUCUCAAUAAAGUUCUCAUAGUCAUAAAGGUGUGAGUAGUAAGUUGAAGCUCGAGUUGAAGAGUUUAUAAAUAUCGGCAAAAAGCAGUUAAUUUCUAUUCACAUUUCAAAAUUCAUUAAUAAUUCAUGAAGCAAUUAUCCAAUCUUGAGUAAGAAAUUAGUCACGUGCAUACGUCUUUAUACCAGCGAAAGAACACUUUAACAAAAGACCGUUGUUAUGCAAACUAUAUAAAGACUUUUAUAUAAAGAUUAUUAUAUAAACAUUUUUAUAUGAAGAUUGGACUUAUUAUGCAAACGUUUUCGAAGCCAUUUAAAGAACUCGCAGGUCGUGUUUUAUUAGGUCUAAGGCUUUAAACCUAAUAAAACACGCCUGCUCCUUUUUUAAAUAGUACUUAAAAACGUUUUACGUAGAGUUUCGUUUUGAAUUUUACAUUGAAAUAACGCCCAUAGGAAGCAAACUAAUAUGCCUACUUUAUGUAUUUUAGAAAUUGAUAGUUCAGUAUUUUGUUUGUACAAAAAAUUAAAAAAACAAUUAUCGCGUUGCCAUGACUAGCAUGACGUGGCAACGCUAGCCUGCGUUCAGUGUUGGCGUAAUUACGAGUACUUCAUGUUGAAACAAUGUUUGGAAAAUACUGGUCCGUGCUUAUUGCAUGCAUGUAUUUACAGUAUGCUUAUUAAUUGAAUCGCCCAUAAUUGCAAUAGACUUUAGAGAUCUUUGUGCAUUUCGAUGUCGUACCUCUUUUAUUUUUUAUCUUGUUGCUAUAACUUCCAAUUUCCCUCUAUUAUUUCAUCUUGAAAAAUUACACUUACGAUUUCUUGUCGACUGUUUUGGGUAGAAUCUUGUCACGCUUCAUCGACGUCUAUUGAUUUUUCUAGAUCAAUUGCGCUUUCGUUCUCUGAAUUUGUGGUUUCCCCUUCGUCGCUUGUCCUUCGAUUUCUUUGCUUUUGGCGUUGAGAUUUUUCACAAGUGUUGCAUUGCCGGAUCUUUAAGACGGAUCUACACUAGACGAUUUUUGAGACGAUGUUUAUGACGAUCGUCAUAAAAAUUCGUGACGAUUUAGAGACAAGUGGAGAUGUACUAGCAGCAAGAAGAACAGCGCGGAAUCUUAUUGGUUGAAAAUAUGACGAUCGUCAAGCGCUCGACGAAAAGUAGAACUAGUUUCUACUUUUCGUCGAGCGCUUGACGAUUCUUGACAAUCCUUUUACGAUCACUUAUUUCCUACUGCGCAUGUUCGCGGCGAAUUUUUCAGACGAUGUCAUAAAAAUCGUCUAGUGGAGAUCCGCCUUUACGACCUGUGAUUGUCAACUUUCACACACAUCUUCAGAUAGUUUGGAUGUUGGAUAGAAUCUUGUGACGCUUCAACGACCAAGUUUGAAAAUCUGAUUGUCGUUAUAACAUCCUUAUCACAUUUUGCAUUAGAAUCAAAGAAGAUUCUUAUAGUCAAGGUUUAUGCUGAUUAUUUUUAGAGACUUUUCCCAAAGUAUUGCUCGCAUUUACAUCACCUUUUAGAUCAUUCUCUUGUAAUAUUGUAAAUGCCGUGAUUAAGUUCUUCUUCUCUUCCUCAAUCAUAAAACCGUAAGAUCCUUUCAAUUUCUAUUGAAGCAUGAGACGACUCCCUCGAAUAAUCACAAACAUAUAUGAAAAAUUCCUUGUUUGGAAGCUCUUACUAUUAUUCCAUAUAAUUGAAGCGUCCUCAGCGGCAAAAGCCUUUUAAAGUAUUUUUAGUGAUUCGAAAUCUCCGUCCAGGCUGUCCAAGAUUUCAGCGUCGAUUACUCGCUGUGCUUUUUGGUACGUUAAUUUCACUUAUGCUCAAGAAAUUACCAUUUGCGAAGUAGAGUAACGAACUCAAAAUAACGCGUCUAUAACCACCAUGUUAAUUAAUAAUACACGGAAUAAAACAUCUAAUAGCCCUGUUCUAAUAAAUAAUCAAUAUUCAUGCCUUGAAAGACUUUCAUGUGAAAAACGUAUUGAUACUGCAUGUUCAAAGAUUGGUGGGCGACAUUGGUGCAAUGCGACCAGUUAAUGCUUUUAUUUAUUAACUUUACAAUCAUACAAAAAAUAUAAAAUUUAUUGAAGAUAUGGUCAACAGGACAUGAGUCCCAUGUGAAGACCAACCUGAUACAAUAUAAUACAAUAGGUAGACAUACAUUAAAGACAAGGACUAGAACACUAUUUACAUAGCUAUAUAAAAAUUAAUAGUUUAGAUUAUGAGCAAUAGCUUAAGUUGAAAGAACGGCAUUUAGAGCAGAAGGUUUUCUAAGUGUGCAUUCUGUUAAUAUCGAAAGAAGAGUCUUAUUGAGAAGAGUAGUGGAAAUGGAGCUGGAGCUUAAAGGAUGAAACAGACGAACUGUUACGAAUGAUCGAAGAGAGAUUGUUUCAUAGAAAGACAAUUCGGUUAAAAAAAAGAGUUUCUAAAAAGAGAGGUUUUGCACGGAUUUACUUGAAGCAAGUUGUCCUUACUUGAACGGGUGCGAGAUGAACGAUUAGAAGAAAAGGUGACAAAAGAGGAGAUAUCUAGGUCGUAGACGCCUUGUUUGCAUUUAAAAAACCCAAAAAAACUACCGAUGCCGAAAAUGUUAUACAAUGCUAUUGCGCAGCACUAUUAUGUUAACUGUAGACAACUAUAUGGGUUAUUGAAUAUUAACAUCAUAUAUGCUGCAACAGUAGCGAUGUUCCAUCUCAUGAACUUCUUAAAACUGUAAAUUGGAAAUCUGUAGGAGUAAGACGAAAUUACGUAAAAAAUAUUUUCAUGCAUAAAAUUAUAAAUGGCAACACUGCCCCGAAUCUAAAAGAAGUUUUUCUUUCAAAUAUAAAAAGACGAAAUACUUACAAUUUCGGAAAUAGGUAUUGAUUUAGCUCGAUCUUUCUAAUCUGAAAAAAUAAUUCGGGAGGAGACGAUUCACAUAGGAAUAAUAUUACACGCGAGGCAAAAAUUACUGAUUCCCUAAUCAUUAAGUUCCUUCAAAACGAUUUUGAAACACGAAUGAGUUGAAACUGGCUUGUUAGUCAUGCGAAAUAACAACGUAGCAGUUUUUGUAAAGCUUUCCUGUCAAACUAUCUCCAAAAUAUUUUGUAAAUAGUUUAUGUUCAGGGCCCCUUGGAAAUUAGCCGAAAGGUUGUUGGCGGCCGCAUGAGAAAGUAAACGUUAUGUUUGUAAGCGUGUGUUAUACAAUCACUGAAAUAUAACAAGAUCACGAAGAUGCCCAUAUUACAACCAAUUAUCAUCUUAUACUCCAAAGGAUAACCAAGUUAUUGACCUGAGUUUCAUAACAGAGUGCAAUUAGCAAUCGAUGUUUUUCACCCACGAUUAAGACAACUGUUCUUCUUUGAAACCAUCAAGGUAAACUGAAUUCAGUGUAUUUUAAGCACGAAUUCUUGAGGCCAAAAUAAGCGGUCCAAUUAUGUACGGUUGACAUCGGUGUUGUCUAAAACGUCACUCGCAUCAGCUUUCUAAUUAUACGAUAUCGACGUACUCCUCUAGUCAGGGCCCCCAGUGAAAUUCGGGGGUCUCAAACAAAGUUUUAAUUCCGGACCCUAUUUUCCCCCAAAAAUGUUGGGGGAGGGGUUAAAAUUGUUUUCGGGACAUCUCCUAAAGAAAAACUUUAAAAAAGUUCCGGACAAAUACCAGUUAAUUUAAGGAUCAAAAAAAUUGUUCCGGACAGAUACAUGUAAAACUACUGUUAAUUAAAACGCAUUUUUUCGGUCCGACCCCAGGAAAUAUACUUUUGUGGAUUCUCCUUUCGCAAAUUUUAGGCCCCCUUUAAUCGCGGGCCCGGAGGAAAUUGCUCCAACCCUUUCCCAUUUGAUAGCCCCUGCCAGAAUUCUUUAAUUCCAGGCAUUUAGGAGACGCGUUCGCGCUUUAAGUAAGAUAAUAUAUACCAAUUUUUCUACCAAUUAUUUGGUAUUUAUUUUAGAUCAUUAUUUGGGGCGACAACGCGGGACCAAAUAUCACAGGAAGCAUUGCUAUAGAUGAUAUAUCAUUCGAAAAUGGAACUUGUGACCAACUACCUCAAGGUAAAAUUACCACUUUAUUCUGUAGUUGUGUCAAUUAUGUUUAAAUCAAUGUGCCCGAGCUGACGAUCGAUUACUUGGCAUAACGUUAGAGUGUAUUGAACUAUGUAACAAUUGCUGUAGUCAAGGCCGUAUUACGUCUGGGGGGCGGGGGAUGAAAAUAAAAUUCGGGCAAUCCAAUUUUCAUUAAUUUCGAUCUAACACACCGUAAUAUCGACGGCCUUUCAAUAAUAAUUUCGGUAAAUAUACAACCAUUGCUUUUCAAUAAAUUAUGUAAAUAUUUUUCCUCUCAUUCUUCUCAUUUUUUUCCCGACGAGCAUGUACUCUUAUUUCUACAGCAAAAUAAUGGCAAUAAAUAUAAUUUUUCUGAUACAAUAUUGUUGGUCUUGAUUCUCCAGUCCUAAUCUAGGACCUGUAUAGAUGUUUGUAUGCGUUUAAUUUAGCACAGGUAAUAUCAACUGUUUUAGGGUAAAUUGACUAUGGCGGUCAAUAUACAUAUUUAGAAGGGCUAGCAACAGCUAACUAUGGGCAUGCAGGGAAGAAUAGCUUAGAACUGAAAGAUUUAUCCUGUAAGCGUAAUUAACUUUUUCUUACUUCGCAUUUUUCGUUUUUUCCACUUUAAAUUUAGACAGUACAACUUUUAACUGUACAUUUGGUACUGGCAAAUGUGGGUGGAAUUUUCUUGGACCAAUAACUACUGAAUUUCACAGAGGUAAAUAAAAUUAAUGUGUGGAAAAGAGGGGUGUCGAUUAGUAUCCCUGCAAUAAGAGAAUUUAUCUUUGAACCAACAGUUAAGUGUUUGAAACGUAUUAUUUAGGGACAAUCUUCCUUAAGAAAAGUGUAAUAAGUGUAUCUGAAUCGUUUGCUAGAAAAUGUAUUCUAUAGUUCUAUUGCGUUUCAUUUCUGCAAUUACUAAAUGACACUUUAAUUUAACGGAGCCUGAUUAAACGGAUCAUAUAUCGUUUGUAUUUAAACACCUCUUUUGCACAAAUGUUGGCUUCCAAAUUUGUACUAUACUCCCAAAAAGACGUACAAGUGCUUUUGCGCUGUUUAGUUUUGAUGGUUAACUCUAAUUAAACUAAACAUUUGAUUUUCAAUAUUUAUGCUUGUGAUGUUACUCUGAGUGUAUAUCCACACCGGGAAAGCUUGAAAAAUAUGCCUGACCUCGGUGAGAAUCGAACUUACGACCUUUGGAAUACUAGCCCGCUGCUCUACCAACUGAGCAACGCGGUCUGGUCGGUUCGAGUAUGUGAUAUUUCGGAACAGAAUCUAGUUCCUUCGAUAUCAAUGUUAUCUAAUAAUAAUCAUGAUUUUUCUGUGUUGCAUGGUUCAACGUUAUCUAAUAAAAAUCAUGAUUAUUAUUAGAUAACAUUGAUAUCGAAGGAUCUAGAUUCUGUUCCGAAAUAUCACAUACUCGAACCGACCAGACCUCGUAGCUCAGUUGGCAGAGGAUUGGGCUAGUAUUCCAAAGGUCGUAGGUUCGAUUACCACCGUGGACAGGCAUAUUUUUCAAGCUUGCCCAGAGUGGAUAUACACUCAGAGUAACAUCACAUGCAAGCAUCAUAUUCACCUGAGUACAUAACACCAACACAGAAAAGUCAUGGUUUUAAUAUUUAGUCAACAUGAUAGCAAUCAGGCCCAGAGCUACGGGGGGUUUGGGGGGUGUGACACUCCCCCAGUAAUUGUGUUCAGUCGGCAGGACUGCUAUUCAGUCGGUAGGACUGCUAUUCAGUCGGUAGAACUGCUAUUUGGGUUAAAUAUUUUUGGCGCAAAGGGCAAGAACGUGGUGGUAAUUUUAGGAAAAUUUUGAGGAAAAAUGUAAAAAUUUUGGAAAAAAGUAAAAAAAUGUUAAAAAUUUGCUAUGAGCGGAAAAUUUUUGUAUGUCCGGAAAAAUUUUUGUACCCUUAAAAUGGUACACUGACCGAAAUUUUUUUGGCGACGGGGGGGGAGUCGACAAAAAAAUUUUUUGAAGCAGUCGGUUGAAUUGAAUUACACCCCCCUGAAGAAUUUCCUGAGGACGGCCCUGAUAGCAAUUUAUUAUUUGAGUUUUUAAAAUAAUUGUCAAAUUCUCUGCUAUAAAACUACACAUUAAGGUUUACAAAAAUGCCAGUUGGCAGGUAGUGACAGAAAACUCCAUCAGAAUCUAACUUUCAGAUUGUUUGCCGGUCGUCCAUGUGCAUGCUAAUAUCGCUUGUUUUUCCGUCUUAGGUCUAAAUCAGUACACCGCUAGGAGCAAGAUUCACAACUACUACUCAAGACCGACAUUAUCAGCCUUAAGAAGUCCAAUUAUUUAUGAACACAAUGCCUGCUUUACUUUCCAAUAUUACGAAACUUCUAUUGGUUAUUACAGCGACAGUAGAGUAUCUGUAUUCAUUAGAAUUGCAAAUAACAGUCAGUUGCUUCCAUCAUGGACUAAAGAUAUUCAUGAAGAACGAGGAGAAUGGCGCACAAUAAAGAUUUUGCUGGCUCAUCAAAGUGGUUUUAAUCAG